GUUUUUUUUGGUGCACAUGAUAUCCCUUUCUUUAAUUGAUACUCUUAGCGAUAAACUCUUCCAAGCAGUUUGGAGAUGCAGCCUCAAAAGUCUAGCAACCACGGCUUCCGCCUUGGCUCAAUUCUCAUCCACUCUCUCUGGAUCACCGGUGUUGGCUUGGUAAUUUUCCGCCUCGCCUCUGCAAACACACAAACAGUUGUCUACGUUGAAUUUUUGGCAAUUCUUGGUACGAUCCUAGCCACUUCUCCUUGGGUCAUUUUGCUUCUUGUGUCAACAGGCAUUAUUUUCUUAUACAAGGCCAAAUUGCAUGAUUUUACAUGGCUUGUGAGGUUACCGUCCGGGGAGAGUUCAAUAGUAGAUGAAGGUACUGCCGACCAUCACAGGGCUGGAAGGACAAUUGUCAUCAUUGAUCAAAUAAGUGACCCUCACUUGAAGAGGAACAAGACGGCUAGAUUCUAGCACCCAUGUCACUUUUUCUAUUGCUGCUUUUUUCUGAUGUGAUAUUUCUUGGGAGAAGAAUGCAAUCAGUAUAUUGCUAUAUAUUUCUCAAGUUUCUUUUUCUUUUUGGGUGCAUUUUGAUUGCUGCUGGCAUCCAGCACAACCCUAGGGGGAAAAGAUGGGGAAAAAAAAUCUUGGGUUUUAUU